ACUGUAGACAACGACGACCUAAAGGGGAACAAACAGACAUUUACGACGGAAUACUCCGCCGGAAAGUUAAUUCUCGUUUUAAACGGUGCCGGAGGAGUGGAGAACAGGGAUUGAACAAAAUGGCUAAGCACAGGAAGAGAGAGGUUGAUUCGGGAGACGAUACUCCAUCUUCAGCAACAUCGUCGUCGUCUGUUUCGUCAUACAGCUCCGACGAGUCUGAUUCGCCUUCUAGAAAGCGGCGGAAGAAGCAAAAGGAGCGGCGGAAAAGUGACGGAGGAAGUUAUGAGAGGGAGAAGCGGAGGAAGAGGGAGAAGGAAAGGAAGAGGAAGAAGAUUGAGAGGAAAGAGAGAAAGAGGAGAGAUAUGAAGAAGAAGAAGAAGACUAAGAAGCGUGAUUAUGAGUCUGAUACUGAGUCUCACUCUGCUUCUGAUUCAUUCUCUGAUCAAGAGGAUGAGCCUGAAACUGUGGUAAAGGAGAUGUUGUUGGAGUUUCCUAAUGUUGGCAAUGAUUUGAAACAGCUUUUGAAAAUGAUAGAUGAUGGGCAAGCGGUUGAUAUAAAGGGUAUUUCCGAGAGUGCUUUGAAGAAGCGGUUGAAGAAGCUGUUUCUUGCUUUGAAGUUGAAGGAACGUGGGGAUAGAGUGUUUUUGUUACCACCAGGUGCUUCUCCUUCUUUAGAUGUAGUGGGGCAUCUUAUUAAAGGCAGCGAAGAAGAAGUUGAGAAAAACCUUGAGGAUUCUGUCCCAUUGAAGAACACUGAAAAGGGUUUGCCAGAUGAGAACGGUUUGGGAUCGAAUUCAGCUGAUGAUGUUGCUGGUCCAAAGAAAAGGGUGAUUGGACCUGCAAUGCCAUCGGCUGAGUUACUUGCUGCAGCAGCAAAGCUAACAGAAGCUCAAGCUGAACUUAGAGAAGCUGAGCUAGAAGAAGAUUCAGAAUAUUUCAUUGGACCUGCUCCACCAGCUGUUGUUGCAGAAGUUGCAUCGUCGAAUGAGGCAGAGCGAUUUGAAGAGGUGACACGGAUUAUGGAAGCUGACGCUGAUAGUCCAUACGACGUCUUAGGAGUGAAUCACAAUAUGGCUGCUGAUAAUAUGAAGAAGAGGUACUGGAAGCUGUCUCUUCUUGUUCACCCAGACAAAUGUUCUCAUCCCCAAGCCCAGGAAGCUUUCGUUUUACUGAACAAAGCUUUCAAAGAAUUACAAGAUCCAGAAAAGAGAAAAGCAAUGGAUGAUAAGAUUAAACUCAAGGAGGAACAAGAGGCAUUUAAGGUUGAAUUACGUUCAAUGCAAGAAGCGGCACAAUGGAGAAGAUCACAAGGCAUAUCAAUGGAAGGUGACGCAGAGCUGCUGGCAGCAACCGAAGUUAAACCUGUACCUAAAAGAGACGAGUGGAUGACCACUCUGCCUCCUGAAAGAAAGGUUGGAGUGGCUGUGCAGCAAUCAACCACAUUUAGCAGAAAUGCUAGAGAAGGUCGCGGAGACACUACAGCCUGGACCGAUACUCCUAUGGACAAAGCUGAAAGAGCAAAGAUGAAUUACUUGGAGGCAUACAACAAGGCGAGUGCGCUUGCAUCAAACGAAGGGGAAAAUAUGAAAAGAAGCAUGGAUGCUGAGCUUGUGGACAAGUAUAACAAAGAGAAAAGAGCAAAGUCUCUGGUAGAGAAGCACAGAGAAGACUCUUCUUCUUCUUCAAGCCGUCUGAAGAAGAAGAAGAAAUUGUCUUCAUCCAAAGAGAAAACCGAGAAGGACGAGUGGGUAGGGAAACAUCCGUGGAAGCCAUGGGACCGUGAAAACGAUCUUACUGCCGGGAGACAGAAUGUGAAACUUGAUGCCGAGGGUAUGGCUGAAGGUUUGGCUUCCAAGUUUUCUUCUGGGAAUUUCCAAAGAAGCUUCCUUUGAAGCUUGUUGCAGGAAACUGUUUGACUAUAAAUGUGUCCAAAUAUUUUAAAAGAGAACUUUACUCAAAAAAGAGUAUUCUGUAUUUCUUACCAAAUCUUGUUUUUCUUCUGCUAUUGUAGAGUUUUUUUCACACGCAAACUACAAGCAAACAAGAUUCGACAUUUUAUGUAUGUUUUGUAGUAGAUUAUAAAAUUUACUCUAUUUUGCAUA